GAGCAUACACCACAUCCAUGGCGGUGAUGGUCUUUCUCUUGUCCUGUUCAGGUGACUGCAUCCCGAAUCACCACCUCCAGGAACACCUUCAACACCCCGCGGGUCUCCUAGAUCAUGCCGGAGAUUCGCUGUUCUCCUCCGGGCCAGGCGGCGAGUAGCAGAAGGACAGAGGACUUCCUCCCAGCAGUAAAGACCCCCAAGGGCCUAGUCGGAGAAGCCGCAGCCUGUCUGCCAGACCCCUGGCAACAAAAUGCUCUGCAAAAGCUCUCCCUCAAGCACCCCAUCACAGAGAUACAGAACACAGUCCUCAAUAUCUGUGGAAACAAGCCAGCUCAGGAGCUGAGGCGGAGUGUGUUCAACUUUGACAAGAUUCAGCAGUCGGAAGACUGUCCCUGUGAGGAUCCUGUGACACAGAUACUGGGGGAAACAACAGCACCUCCAGCACCGCCUGUACCUCUGACACCGCCAGCACCUACAGUCCUUUCAGCUCCUUCAGUUUCUUCAGUUACAAACGAGUCUGCGCAGGAAGCAAAGACUGGAGGAAAGAGUUCUCCAUCAAGCAGCAUGAACAAGAGGGAGAAGAAAAUGACCAGUUCUCUUCAGCCUUCUGGGGAGAAGGUGUCAGGAAAGGAGGGGAGCCCCGUGGACAAACUAUCCAGACUCCAGCACGAGGUGUUCACGCUCACUGAGGAGCUCAAGUCACAAAAGGAGCUGGUGCUUCACAAGGCCCUGGAGGCAGCACAGCAGGAGAAGAGGACCAGCAAACAGUUCCUGGCAGCAGCAGGGGAGCAGGAGCGGCUGGAACUGGUGCGGCACAAAGAGAGGUGUAUCGCGGACCUGGACGGCCGCCUGGAGGCCCUGCUCAAAGACAAGGAGGAGCUGGAGCAGCGGCUGGCCAUGCAGGACUGCCAAGUGAAUGAGCUGCAGCAGCACGUGCAGCUCAUGAUGGAGAAGAACAACACCAAGCAGGAAGUCAUCCUCAAGCUCUCCGAGCAGGUGGCCGUCUGCAUGGCUGAUCCCCAGCGUACCGUAGCCAACUCCAUGGGCACAGAGACCUCCUGCAGGCUGCAGGAGAAGAUUGAGCACCUCAAGGACGAUAUAGAGGCGCACAAGAUGCUAAACAAGUUCCUCAACUCUGAAAUCUACCAGCUUACUAAGCUGUGGAGGAACAGUUCAGAAGAGGAGAAGGGCCUCCUGAUGAAGUGUGCCUACCUGGAGGCCAAAAACUGCCAGCUUGAGAGCAAGUACCUGGUCGUGCUGCGCAGGCUGCAGGAGAGCAAAGGGCUGGACAGCAGUCAGCAGGAGAUGGUGAAAAGGCUCAUUGAGGACUCACUGCAGGGAGACAAGAAGGAUGUCUUUAAACUCAACCCUGUCAGUGAGUACGACGACUAUGGAUUCAAGACCAUUCCUGAUUAUGAAGUAGAGGACGUGAAGCUCCUGGCCAAAAUCCAGGCCCUGGAGAUCCGUUCCAACAACCUGCGCAACAAUGAGAUGGAGGACAAGCCUUUGCGGACCAGGUGGGCUAACUACCUGGCCAGCCGUCCCUUGGACCAGCUGGCUCCCUCCCCGGAGCUGAAGGGCCUGAUCCGGUGUGGGAUCCCUGUGGAGUACCGGGAGCAGGUGUGGCGCUGGAUCGUGAGGACACGGAUGCAGCUCUAUAGGAAGCGGAAUCCCAAUCGCUACCAGGAGCUGAGGAAGCACUGCGAGGUGUCGGAGCACCCGCCCUCGUGGCAGAUCAAGCUGGACCUGCACCGCACCCUCACCACCAAUAAGCACUUCUCCUCGCCCACCUCCGACGCAGUCCAAAAGCUGCAGCGCAUUCUGCUAGCCUUCUCCUGGCAAAACCCCACCAUCGGCUACUGCCAGGGCGUCAACCGGUUGGCAGCUAUUGCACUUUUAGUUCUGAAGGAUGAAGAGGAUGCCUUCUGGUGUCUGGUGGCUGUUGUUGAAAUCAUAAUGCCACAAGACUACUACAGCAAAACCCUCACUGCCUCUCAGGCUGAUCAGAGGGUGUUCCGUGACUUUCUUGCUGAGAAGAUGCCUCGCCUGUCGGCCCACUUCAAGGAGCACAGCAUCGAUCAUUCCCUCAUCACCUUCAACUGGUUCCUGGUGGUCUUCGUGGAAAGUCUGGUCAGUGACAUCCUGCUCAGAGUGUGGGACGCUUUCCUUUAUGAGGGCACAAAGGUGAUAUUUCGCUAUGCACUGGCCCUCUUUAAGUACAAUGAAGAGGACAUUCUAAAAAUUCACGACUAUCUGGAAAUCUACCAAUACCUCAGUUUUUUCUCCAAAACUAUCUCUGAUGGCAGGAAACUAAUGAACAUAGCAUUUAAUGAUAUGAAUCCCUUCCCUAUGAAGCUGCUGAAGAACAGACGAGAGUUUCACAUGUAGAGGCUGACAGCCGAGCUGCAGGAGCUGGAGAGGAUACAGGAGGAGUUUGUGAAAGAACAAGUGGAGCGCAAAGACAAGGACCUGGACACUGCUGUCAGCGAAGACGAAGAAGUAAUACAGACUGCAGUUAGCUUGCAUCACACGUCCUGACGUUAUUGAAAAAUUACACAUCACUGAUACUAUUUAAACUAAUUUGUUUGCCUUAUUAUUCCCUGCUGUGGAAUAUAGUGGGGCUUACAUAUUGUGUAUGUCACACAUACAUCUAACUGUUAUCCUUUGUCUGUUGUUGAGUAUAUAGGUAUGUCAGACUUACAUUUUUACAUGUACAGUUCGGCUCUUAUUUUGUAAUGGCGCGUGAUGUACCGACAUACUUGUUUUAGAGUCAACAAAUUAAGUUUACCAAACCUGUCAAAAUGCAGAAUAUUAAUGGAAAUAGGUGUGUUGGUAAUACACACACACUACAUCUCUGAAUGCUUGACUUCAAAUCCAGUUUAAGUCACACAUGAAAGGAGUAUGGUGGUCCUAAGCCCUCGGCUUCCACAUCACAAAACCAACACACAGUGCAGCACAAUUGGCACAAAGGAUAAACCUGUUUCUUAUCUCAUAAAACAGCCUUUUACUAUAAUUAUCAUCUGUCAGUCUCUGAAUUUCUUCAAUCAGCAGUUCCAUUCCACUCAGAUCAGUUCAGUAAAUUAAUUAUUUUGUAGUUUCCCAAGAAAACAAACUCAUUAGAGAUCUUGAAAAUUAAUGUCUUGAAAUGUGAUUAAUUUAGGCCAGGCUAAUGUGAACAAGUACAGAGAUUCCAGUUACUUUUCAGACCGGCAACCAGGUUCUAGAUUUUCUAAACGAGACUAUCUCUGAAAUAAACUUAUUUUUUAUGCAUUGGUUGUUUGUUUAUAUUCCUGUAAAUUGCAUAGUUCAGUUAUUGCUAAGUUAAGAGGAAGACGUUGCUUUGUUUAAUUAUGUUAAAUUGUAUGGCAAUCCUUCAUGAUUUGCAUGAAUUCACUUAGGUUUAGAGGUACAGUUUUAAUUCAUGUACCUCUGAUAAACCUAAACUAAGUGACGAAAGCAAAAACACAAACGUUUUUUACUUGAGCUUGAAAAGGAAAAAAUAGGAUGAAUACAGUGCUAUAUAUACUGUGUGUGUGUGUGUAUAUAUAUAAUAUAUAUAUAUAUAUAAAUUGAUCGCUACAUAUAGAUUUUUCAACGCUGGUAAAAUGUUUAAUUCAGUAAUGAUUUUAAAAAUGUUUACUUUUUAAUUUUUUAGGGAUGCAAGACAUGUAACAACUUCGUGUCUAAAGUUUUUAAAUGCCAACUGUUAAAUAAAUAGAAUUAUGGAUAUUAAUGUGUUGAUAGUAGGGAUAGCUUUUGUGACUGGAGCAUGGCUGCAUUGUCUAUUGCGCUGAAUUUUAACUAAUUUUAACAAAUUGUUCCCAUCAUUCUUAUUUUUUAUUUGAGCUUUUCUCUUCAAAUAUUUUUUAGAAAACAAAAAAGCACAAACAAAAUCUCAGCGCGUUUCGUCUUAUUCAUGAGUAGACUUAAUUUGAUACAGAGGAACACCCCUUUUUUAUACACUCAAUUUUCCACAGGUGAUUAAUCACCUUUUAAGAGAUGGCUCAGCUGACAAACAACUCUUGAGAAGGGAAACUUUUGUGAUAUUAUUUUUAAUUCUGUUCCACCACAUGGCCUUAAUGAAGACUUUAAAUAUGGGUAUUUUUUGUAGAAUGUAUGUUUGUAUGUAUACAGUGUAUACCUCUGUUCAUUAUUCAAGUUGCAGAGUAAAAAGAAAAAAAGUAACUUAGUAAAAGAAUAUUUAGUGGUAUGAAAAGUUUUGUGUUGACGUACAGAUUGAGUGUUUAAAAUAAUAUAAAAAGUAUGGUCUUCUGCCUUCUGUUGUCAUUUCUGUACCUAAUUACUUAUUAAUUUCAGUUGUUUUUGAUUGUUCUGGUUGUCAAUUGAAGGUUUGUGACGUAAAGGUGAUUAAUCGCCUGUGGAGAAUUGAGUGUAAAAAAAAAAGGGGUGUUCCUCUGUAUCAAAUUAAGUUUACUCAUGAUUAAGACUCUGUCAAAACACGUUGAGAUUUUGUUUGUGCUUUUUUUGUUUACUAAAAAAUGUGAAGAGAAAAGCUAAAAUAAAAAAUAAGAAUAAUGGAAAAAUGUGUUAAAAUAAAUUAUUUUUGUGAAGAAUGGGUUGUCUUUUUCACUGGAAUCACUGUAUAAGGGCCUGUUGGCAACCAAUACAAGCUGCCUUUAUUUUCUCAGGUGUUGCCAGGUUGAUUACCUGGUCAAAGACUAAACACAUACAUGUAAAACAUUUAGAACAUAUUUGUAUUCUGUAUUUGUAUAUUAUGAUAUUUGAUUGGUUUUUUUAUGUACGUAUUAUUGCACAAUAGGAAGAAUUAAUGAGAACAUUUCUAAUAUUUAGGCGUUCAUUUUUGUAUUGCUGUUUUAUAAUGUGAUGGCAAUCUGAACUAUAGUCAAAGUCUCUCAAAGUGAAUUAUUAUUUUAGGAAAGUAUUACGGCACAAGCACUUAUAUAUUACCAGUGUCACUCGCCUCACAAGGUUAAACUGUGAAACCCAGAACAUACUUUAACUGGCUGAGAUGAGCCCUUUUCAAGGCAUUUUCUCUGCUGUAUAAUAUAACAGAACUUGUUUUUUGAUUAAAUGGUGUGCAUUUUUUGCAUCCUUUGUGUAAGGUAUUUGAACUGAAAAACAUCAAAUACUGGUAUUAUCAUUGUGUUUUAGAUUUGUUGAACAAAAUCUUAUUCUACUGAAAAUAUUUCUCUUUUGUUUCUAUAAAGGUUUAUAUAAAUACAGUAAUAACAUUUGCUGACACUGCAGUGGAGAAACACUUCAUGUAUUAAUUUGUCCCACAGCAAAUUCAGAAAAGCUUGUUCUACAACAGUGUUAAUACCUCCCUUUAGUUUACUGAUAAUAAAUGUUAAUAAAAAACAUUAACUAAUAUUAAACUGCUGAAA